AUGCAGGUACAAUUCAACGUGAAGGAUUUGACCCCUCACCUUUUCUUUGAAACCGAAUCUCUUAUCCAUCCCUUCCAGCAUAUUCGAUUCGAACGGCUCAGGAAGAUGUAUACUCCAGUCCUCUUCGCUCUGAUCUCGUUGGUCGCUGCUGCCCCGUUGACCAGAGUCGACGGCGAAGAUGGCAUCGCUGGCAGAUGGAUCGUCAAGAUGAAGGGCGACGUAGCAACGCAAGCUCACGACGACCUGAUGGCAUCCAUGUCCACCAAACCCGACUACGAAUACGCAAUGCCUGGAUUCCGAGGAUUUGCCGGCAGUAUCUCUGAGGAAGAACUUAUUCGACUUCAGGCUUCUGAGCAUGUUGAGUACAUCGAACAAAACGCCAAGGUCCAUAGCAAUGAGAUCGUGCAACAGUUGAACUCCACGUGGGGUUUAGCUCGUAUCUCUCAUGCCGAGCCGUAUCAAACGAGUUAUCUUUUCGAUUCCAGCGCCGGGGAGGGUACAUGCGCAUACGUCAUUGACACAGGCAUCGAGAUUGAACAUCCGGAGUUCGGGGGGCGUGCUCUCUUCUUAGCCGACUUCAGCGGUGAGGACACCAUGAUCGACGCCAUGGGCCACGGAACUCACGUGGCUGGUACAAUCGGCUCGAUGACUUGGGGCGUGGCAAAGAAGACAACACUGCUCGCUAUCCGUGUACUGGACUCGUACGGUUCUGGUACAACCGAGGGCGUACUUGCGGGUAUGGAGUAUGUUAUUACCGAUGCAGCAAAACGUAGUGAGGCUGGAGAAUGUCCCAACGGUUUCGUGGCCAACAUGAGUCUUGGAGGGCGUAAGAUGCAGGCUCUGAAUGAUGCUGCCGCCGCCAUCGUUGCAGCGGGAAUCUUCCUUGCUGUCGCAGCGGGCAAUGAGGGACGCGACGCUAAAUACUCGUCUCCGGCAUCUGAACCUAGUGUCUGCACCGUAGGUGCUACAGCCAUUAACGAUACGCUCAUCGAAUGGUCUAACUAUGGACCUAUUGUCGACAUUUUGGCGCCCGGCGUUGAGAUCACCAGCACUUGGAUCGGCAAAUCGAUCGAUACAAUUUCUGGAACUUAUGUCAGCCUCAUCGGUGGUCAGAUCCCACCUAUGGCGAUCCAGAUUCGCCAGUGA